AUGAAACCCAAGGACAUCGUGAACUCUUUCUUCCGGCUGAGCCAUUUGCCGGCAGAAAAACGUCAGGCCUUCAAGUCCAGCUCGAGCUUUGUGGUGCUUUGUCAGGGCGUGGUCAGGAGCGUCCAGCGGUUUGGGAACGCCGAGCUGAUCGUGCUUUUGAAAGCUUUUGUGGCCCUAGGCGUUCCGCCCGUCCAUUAUAUGUUGAAGGUCGUGGAAGCCGAAUGCGGCCGGCGGGUCGAGCUGCUGAGCUUGGACCAGCAACUGCUGGUGGCCGAUCUGUGGCGUUGCUUGAACUGCAAAGUCCCCCAGUAUCUGGACGCGAUGUUGAACGACGUCAACGCGAAGUGGAAGGCUCCGUCUUUGACCCAGUUGGUCCAGCUGGUCUACAUCGUCGGCGAAGGCCGUCGGGCCCCUGAAGAGUUAAUAAAGAAGUUGGAGGCCUCGGUGUCGGAACAUUUGCAGGCUCUCAGUCUGGAGGAAGUGGGAGUCGUCUGCUUGGGCUUCUUCAAGGCGCAAAGUAACAUGUCCGAGCCUCUCUUGAGAAAAAUCGGAGACAAAAUUUGUGGCUCCCUGGGAGACAUGAGCAGUUUUGCCAUCGUGAACGUGCUGAAAAUGCUCCGGGGGAUUCACUUGGAUCACGUGGACUUUCUAAAGGAACUCGGGCAUGCCAUUCCUCCCAGAAUCUCCACGAUCAGCAUGCCGGGGGUCAUGCACAUCGCAUUCGCCUGCUCCUCGUUGCGCUACUGCGACGAAGACAUCCUGAACGCCAUUGCGGCGGUGGUGCCUCCCAAGGCGGCUUCUUGCAGAACCAAGGACAUCGCGAAAUUGUUGUGGUCUUUUGGAACCUUGAACUACCACCCUCCCAACGGGGAAGAGUUUUACGACAGCCUGCUGGAGCAGCUGGAGUCGAGGUUGUUCGAGUACAAUAAAUUUCCCGAGCAUUUGAUCACCUCCUUGAUCGGUUUGGCCUUCGUGGAGCGUUUCCCCUACGAACUGCUGGACUACGUGUUGAGUCCCGAGUUUAUCCAGCUAAGCAGCGUCUGUAAACAUGACCUCUGGAAAGAUUUUUUCACCCUGGACGGGACGGUGGGCAUCGAGUGUCCGGCCUACGCCGGCAGUCGUCUGAGCGUCCAAAGCAAACAGGAGAUGGCGGGGAAAAUGCAGGACUAUUUCUUGAAGCAGGAAUUCGAGGCGGCGUGGUCCCUCCUGGAGGACGUGUUGGGGGGCCCCCAGUUUGUCAAGCUCCACGCCGUCUUGCCCCAUGUCAGGUCCGUGGAUUUAGAAGUCCGUUUAGACGCCAGCCGGAAGCCGUUGCCGUUUAAUUCGGAAGGGGCCACCAGGGAGCGCUUAGAACUGAAGAAAAAGGGCACGUUGCUGACCGAUAACAUGAUUCACCGGCUUUUGAAAGGGAAAUCGCUCGGCCGGCCUGACGCAAGCGAGAAAAACCAAGGUAUUCAGCAAAAGGCAGACUUUCGUGGACUGCCUAUUUGGAAAAAAUUGGAGUUUUCCGAUGCCGGACCUGGUUUGGACCCUUCAGCCGAGGCAAAAGUUGAAGGACGACCCUCUACGACGAACCAGGAGCAGCCAGAAUGUGUGAAAUUAGCUCUUCAAGUCACCAACCGAAACCAAUACAGGUACCACUCAAAAGAGCUGCUGGGACUCCACGCCAUGAAAAGGAGACAACUCCGCCAAAUUGGAUAUAUACCAGUGGAACUGCCCUUUUGGGAGUGGUUUCCGUUACUCAAAUGUAACCGGGAGGAACAGAGGAAGUAUUUGUGCCAGAAAGUAUACGAAUCGUAGCCAAAACAUUCCAUAGAACCGGACUAAAAAUCCUCGGGG